UAAUGUCUUCGAUGGCAAUAAUAGCGGUUAAGAGAUGUCAUACAGGAGUGGCCACCGAUGAAGAAGUGAAAGAACUAAAGACAGCUGAAGACAGAAAUCGAUACAUUUCGCGAUACUUUAUAAAACUACAUAUUUUCCACUUAAUCGCAUUGAUUUGUGGAUCAGUUAUAAUGGUGUUUGCGUUCGUAGACGUGAGUCCGCACACUGACGAUGAUAUCAACUUUGCCUUUCAUUUCAUAUCAGUGUUUGUGAUCGCAAUAAUAGGCGUAUUGACACUCUAUGGGUGUUUCAUCGCGUAUUCCAAGCCCUGCACGACAUCACUGGACAGCAAGUGUUGUGAAGUAAUAGCGGCGCCCAAACUCUUCUCCAACUCGGAUCGGAAGCACAUCUCGGCGUUCACUGAAAGCGAUCACUCAAUGAUUGCGGUCAUUGUGUUGGACGUCAUGACAGCACUUCUUCUGCUC